AUGUGGGCAAAGCGUGAAACUUCAAUCCCAGAUUACAAUGAAGACGCAGAAGCUAGGUUUCCGAGCAUGAAGAGCUUGGAUCAGUUCAAGUCCCUCUCGAAAUCGGCCUCCGGAGGCCCUCCGAAGACCUUCGCUUACUCUUCGCGUCCGCCGGAGUCGUCCUCGUCGGGAAGCUUGGCGAACUUGAAGCUCACCGCAGAGAAGUUUAUGAAAGAGCAAGCUUCUGUGAAAACAGAUCUGGAGAUGGCGACAACUAAGCUGAAAAAAUCGAUGGAGCACAUCUGUGCAUCAGAGGAAAAAUUGCAGGACGCUUUCAAUGAAAAUGCUAAGUUUAAAGUGAAGCAGAAGGAAGAUGAAAAGCUGUGGAAGGGACUAGAGUCUAAGUUUUCAUCAACUUUACAGCUCUUAGCUGGUCAAGUUCAGGACGCCGAGAAAGAUAAAGAGGCCUUUGAAGGCAAACUCUCUGUAAGUGCAGUAGCUCUUGAUGGUAAGAGUCAACAAAUGGAUGAUCUGUCUAUAAAUCUAGAGUCAGCUGAGCAAACUAUAAUGAAUCGUGAGAAGGAGCUGGAGGAACACAGACUCGAGAAAGAGGAGACAGAUAAACUUUACAGAAAUGAACAGUGCAGAACUGCAAAUCUCAUAGGGGGAAAAGAUGCUAUGAUUAAGAACUUUGAAGAAACUCUAGCAACUAAUAGGUUGGCUACGGAGAGUCUGAACACUAAAUUGGGUGAGGUUCAUCUUGAGUUAAAGUUAAAAGAGGAUGGAAUCAGACGUUUGAUGACUGCACAGGAGAACUCGGAUACAGAAAAGCAUGAUCUCCAUUUGAGCAACGAUGACCUUGUUAAGAGAUUAGAUAUGUCAGUCCUCGAGAUAAAGAACCUUGAAGGUUUUGUUCAUGUGUUGGUUUCACAUUUGGCUGAAUUGGAUAGACAAAGUUUGAACUUCCUGGAAAAGUAUGACAAGCUAAACUCUCUCUAUGAGGCGUGCUUCCAGUUAGUCAAUCAGGAGAAAGACCUUUUUGCCAAGCUUGCUCAGAGACAGUAUAAUCAACUUCAUGACAGGUUCUUGAACUUAACAUCAGAAAAAGAUGCUAUACAAUUGGUAAAUCAGGUGUUGAACAGUAGGGUCAUGGAACUUCAGAAUAUUCAGGAGUCUAUUAUGACACAACUUUCAGAGGAAAGCCAUACAGCCAGAGAGAGGAUACAGAAGUUGGAGUCUGAAACUGAAGCUCUGGUCUCCAAGAAGAUUGAAACACAGAAGUUAGUGUCUGAUUUAGAACGGCAGAUUGAUUCUCUGUCAGAAAGUUCAAGUUCAUCUGAGAAUAAAAUGCAAGAUCUGCUGAUCAAAAUCUCAGCACUAGAAACUGAGAAUAAAGAUAAUACAGAGAAACUACAAGCAGAGAUGCAGAAGAAAGCGGAGCAAAUAGAUGGUUUACCGAAGGAAGGUGAAACACAUGAGCGGCAUGUUGAUUUGAUGGAUAAACAAGUCAGCCAGCUCCAUAGCACAAUAGAGGAAAAGGAGCAACUUGUUGUGCAAUGUAAGGAACGAGAGAAGAAUCUGGAAGAACAGAUCACAGAGAAUGGUGCAUCGCUGACUGCUGCUGAGACUAGACUAGUGGAAGAUAAGAAGCAAUAUGACCUCGUGCUUGAGAGUAAACAACUAGAACUGUCAAGGCAUUUGAAAGAGAUAUCACAGAGGAAUGAUCAAGCAAUUAAUGACAUUUGGAAGAAGUACGAGGUGGAGAAGCUGGAGAUAGUUAACAUGGAAAAGCAAAAGGCAGAAAAUCUUGUUCGAGAUUGGCAGAUAGAAUGUGAGAAGAAACUUGAAGAAUGCAAAGAAGAAACUAGGCAGCACUUGAUGCGUGUUCAGGAGGAACAUGCUGCUCUGGAAUACUCGAAUUCAUUGAGGAGAAACCCUGUUGUUAGAAGGAGAGGUCAGCGUUCUCUGAGAAGACCGGAGCAUGAUGAGAAGGUGGCGCAAUAUUCUGAAAAUCAUUUUAGUUUCUUUCAGAUGGACAUGGGACGACUUAGUUUUCUGAAAUGGAUAACUGUUAUAAUUUAUAGAAGUCUGGUUGUAUCAAAUGUGUUCAGAUCCUUUUAUGAGGAUCCAAGAAGGCAGAAGAGGAGUAUUUUCUCCCUCCCUCUCCUCAUCGCCCUUAUCAGCAUUAUCAUCACCGCCACUGCUGCUUCUCCCUCGUCUACUUCACCACCCCCUCCGCCGCCGUCGUCGCCUUCGUCGCUUUCUAUCAGCCCCGGUAUCAUUCGAAAGAUUGUCUGCCUUAUCAUCGCUUAUGCUGUGACAGUGACGACUGUUUCCCUAGCUAGCCCUGCCAUGUUUCGAAUGUGGCAGGAUUACCUCACUGCUUGGGUUGACUGGUUUUACAGCACACAUCACUUUCUGGUAGCCCCAUUUGUAAACGUUUUCAGCGCUCUGUAUCGAUGCUUAUUCGUUGUUAUAGCGAUCUUGGUCAUUAUGCUCUUAGUCGUCCCUGCUUUUUCGUUGUAA